AUGUUAACUCACCAUUCAGCAUUGUUUUACUCUAAUGAGAAUUGCCAGCAGCUAUCUGAAGCUAAUCAAAGCAAAUCGGAAAAAGGAUUCGAGUUUCAAACUCUCAAUUUUUUGACAAUUCCUGUGGGAACAAUUAUCAGGCUUUCCUUUGACAAAUCAACAGUGAAGACAGGUUGCAUGAACAACUUAUACAAAAGCGUUGAGAAUAUUGAUGUUAAGCAUUUCCAUUCUAGAGCAUUCAAGCAGAUGUUGCUAAGUCCUCGCAAUAAUGCCGAAUCUCAUUGCAGGAAGCUGAAGCUUAAAAUAGAUGAUCAGACUACUAAGUACUUUGCCUACAGCAAUGGGGCCACAACUUGUUCCGGGCUAUUAAGUCAUUACGAAGGUUGUCUUUGUAGAUGUAGAAGAUCCAUGGAUUAUGAAGUACUUAUGAGAAAAGGAGAGUCAAAAACGCCUUUUUUUAGUGAUAAAGAUGGAGGUGUAUUUGUCAAAGGGUUGAGCAGAUUCAUAAUCAGUGAUGAUUUACAAGUGACGCCCCUGACCACUGCAGCAAGCUUCUCUUUGUUUUCCAAGCUUGGAAUCAUGGAUUGGAGUGGCAUUGAGAAUAACAUUUUCUAUCUACGGGUUGAUGAGGCUCUGAAUUUGCUAAUAUGCUCAUCAGUAUCAAAAACACCAUUGACAGAAACUCUUCUGAAGCAUAAAGUAGCGACCGAGUUAAACACAGGAAAUUUUAAUCAAGGAAAACCUGUUGAAUACCAAAUGGAAGAAGAGAAGAAUAUUCGAGAUGGAAAGGUUACUAUCAAGCCUAUGGUGAGCAAAUCUAAAAAGAAAGUAUGUUAUGCAGAAGCAAAGAAAGACUUUAUGAGUUUGCUCUUCAGUUUCCUAACCAUUCCACUUGGGCAUUUUGUGAAACAAAAAUGUAGCAGUUCUUUGAAUGGAUGCAUAGAUCACUUGUACAAGAGUGUACAAGAUCUUGAUGAGCAAUGCUUGAAGACCAAUUACCAUAAGGAACUACUAGUUAGUCCCAAGCUUGCCUCUGGCAUUGGUUAUCAGAAUGAUUUAUUAGGAAUUGAAGAAGCACAUCCUCCAAAUUAUUAUGGGGGCAACAUAGGCAUCUUUGCAUAUAUUACUAGCGAUAAAAGUUUUAUUCCUUCUUAUGAAAGUAAAAUGAUAACCGAACUGAAAGUUGUGGAUCCAAAAUCUCAUUACAAAGACGGAGAAAAUGGUGAAGGAUUUAUAACAGGACAGGCAAUUUUCACAGCGACAGAUGGUCUGAUAAUAAGACCUAUAUCUCCAAUCUUAGGCCUUUCCAUUCUCAAUGAAUUGAAGGUACCUUUUAGUGACAUUGAGGAACAAACUAUGCUUGUGUGCAAGAAGGAGGUAAGCUUCACUAAUCUUCUUAACUCUUUUUAA